CCAUCACAAGCGAGUUUUCUCUCACUUUCUCGAGAAACUCACAUUUUCCCUCGCUUUCUCUCGCUUUCCCUCCGAUUCUCUCCGCCGAUUCCCGAUGGCCCGCACGAAGCAGACCGCCCGCAAGUCCACCGGAGGCAAGGCCCCGAGGAAGCAGCUCGCCACCAAGGCCGCCCGCAAGUCCGCCCCGGCCACCGGCGGCGUCAAGAAGCCCCACCGCUUCAGGCCCGGGACGGUGGCGCUGCGGGAGAUCCGCAAGUACCAGAAGAGCACGGAGCUGCUGAUCCGGAAGCUGCCGUUCCAGCGGCUGGUUCGGGAGAUCGCCCAGGACUUCAAGACCGACCUGCGGUUCCAGAGCAGCGCCGUCGCGGCCCUCCAGGAGGCCGCCGAGGCCUACCUGGUCGGGCUGUUCGAGGACACCAACCUGUGUGCCAUCCACGCCAAGAGGGUCACCAUCAUGCCCAAGGACAUCCAGCUCGCCCGCAGGAUCAGGGGGGAGAGGGCUUAAAGGGAUCUCCGCGAGCCGAGCCGCGUGAAGGGGGAGGGGUGGAUCGCGAUUAGAUUUAAAGAUUUAGGUGUUGAUUUUGUCUCUCUUCUGCUGCUGCUAGAAAAGCUCUGGCCUUUCCGGUGUCUGCGCAUGUCGCUUAGCUUUUAGAGAUCUGUGUUGUGUAAAUCUAUGGGAGCUCACUGAUGAAACAAGUUCUUCACUUUAAACUUUCGUUCCUUCUUCUGCUUUGUCUUUUGUUUUGCUGGGGAGAUGUCUCGUCUUCUUGGUCAUGCUGGGUCUGCAUUUCCCAGAAAAUUGUAAUGGUUCAAUCGAGAAACAAAUGCGCUCGACUCUGAGCUUCGAAAGGACAGUUCUUGAAAUGCUUCGGGCCA